AGUCAAGUGUACAUGUUUUAUGUCGAUUCGUACUUUGAUCGAUCAUCUAAGCAGCGAGCUACUAAACAAAUCUACGAAAGGGAGCAACCUCCAGUCGUUCAAACUCAGUUGUUUGUCAACCCCAAACGAAGAUGUCUUCUCAACUUAGAUUCGACGGAAAAGUUGCAGUUGUAACCGGGGCUGGUGGUGGACUGGGAAGAGCAUAUGCCUUGUGGUUUGCUGACCGUGGUGCUGCAGUUGUGGUGAAUGAUUUAGGUGGUUCUGCAAGUGGUGAAGGUAGUGGAAGAGCAGCUGACAUUGUUGUAAAUGAGAUAAAAGACAAAGGAGGCAAAGCUGUUGCUGAUUAUAACAGUGUUGAGGAAGGAGAUAAGAUAGUUAAGACUGCAAUUGAUAACUAUGGAAGGAUCGAUAUUCUUGUCAAUAAUGCUGGCAUCUUGCGUGAUAAGUCAGUGGCAAAUACGAGCGACAACGAUUGGGAUUUGAUUCACCGUGUACAUUUGCGUGGAUCAUUCCUCACUACCAGAGCAGCAUGGCCGCAUUUUCGCAAACAAAAUUACGGCCGUGUUAUUAUGACUUCUUCCGUUGCCGGAAUAUACGGCAAUUUCGGACAAAGCAAUUACAGUGCUGCGAAACUAGGGCUCCUUGGGUUGAGCAAUACGCUAUCCAUUGAAGGAAAGAAAUACAAUAUCCAUUGCAACACUAUUGUCCCUAUGGCUGGAUCACGCCUGACCAAAGGGAUUCUGCCCCCUGACAUGAUGGAAGGUAUGAGGCCGGAUCUAGUUGCUCCCGUCGUGCUUUGGCUUUGCCAUGAUAGUUGCACCGACACGGGUUCCGUCAUUGAAGCUGCAGCAGGAUGGGUUGGAAAAUAUCGCUGGGAACGAACACGAGGAAUGACUUUGCGUGAGAGCACUAAUGAUCCCAUUCUGCCGGAAGCAGUGCGUGACAAUUGGGAGCAGAUUUGCAAUUUUAACAACUCAUUGCAUCCUAAAGGAAGCGAAGCUUCCAUGUUACUUGGUAAAGUUCUUCAAGAUCUUAUGGAAAAGGACGCUAACAGGGAUGCAAAGCUGUCCCCGGUGGAACAAGCACUGAACUGGCGCCCACCUCCAGUCAAGUGCCAAGUCACCCCAAGAGAAAUCAUCUUAUAUGCCUUGUCAGUCGGAGCUUCUACUGGCGAUAAAGAUGGGCUUCGCUACCUAUAUGAAGGCGAUGAAACUUUUGCACCUAUUCCGACUUUCGGUGUACUUUUGGCUCAAGAAGCUCUCAGCCAGAGCAACAUGAUAACCGGUGGCAUGCCUGGUUUCCAAGUUGAUCUUUCCAAAGUACUCCACGGAGAACAAUAUAUUGAAGUCCACAAAGAUAUUCCAACCAGUGGAACUUUGGAAGCCAGUCUGAAGGUUGUCGACAUUUUGGACAAGAAAUCGGGAGCUGUAAUUGUCACAAACGUGGAAGUCGUGGACGAAACGGGGGAUAAGGUUAUCUCCGCCCAGUGGUCCAUUUUCGUUGUCGGAGCUGGUGGCUUUGGUGGUAAACGCAAUUCUGAUCACAUCGUUCCAUCUGUUGAUCCUCCCAAACGUAAACCCGAUGCCUCUCUAUCGUACAAGACAUCAAUUGAUCAGGCUGCCUUGUAUCGCCUCACUGGCGAUCGCAAUCCACUACAUAUCGACGCUUCGUUCGCCGCCAUGGGGGGUUUUGAUCGCCCUAUCCUUCACGGACUUGCCUCUUACGGAAUUUCUUGCCGUCUAGUUCUUCAACAGUAUGCUGACAAUAAUCCAGCAUUAUUUAAAUCCAUGAAGGCCAGAUUCUCCAGUCCAGUUCUUCCUGGUCAAACGCUCAAUGUUGACAUGUGGCGUGAAGGCAACCGCAUCCAUCUAGAGACUAAAGUUGCGGAAACAGGCAAAUCCGUAUUGACUGGUGCCUAUAUUGAUUUGAAGUCCGUUGCGUCCGCCCCAGCACCGGCAGCCCCAACUGCGGCAUCGACUGGGCUAAUGAGCGAGGCUGUUUUCGCUGAAAUGAAGCGACGCCUGGAUGCUCAGCCAGAAGUGGGAGCUAAAAUCAAUGCAGUUUAUCAGUGGAUCAUUCUUUCGAAUAAAAAACCAGCAGGAUCAUGGGUCGUCGAUUUGAAAGCCAAACCAGGUAAUAUCUACCAGGGAAAACCAAAAGGAAACAAGGCCGAUUGCAGUCUUACUCUAGAAGAUGCAGAUAUGGUCGCAUUGGUGACCGGCAAGCUGAACGCACAGAAAGCUUACAUGCAAGGCAAACUGAAAAUUAAAGGAAACAUCAUGUUGACCCAAAAACUCCAAGGGCUGCUCAAAGAAAAUUCCAAAUUAUGAGGAAUUUGAGAUUUCAUGCACUAGCUAUCUGUGCUGUUUCAGCUGGGAAAUAUUAUUACGUUAUUGGUAACAAAUUCUAAAUUUUUUUUAAACGUAAUUGGGGUUAUUAGGUAUUUGUAUUCGAAGAAGAAAAAUAUAUCACAUUGUUUAAAUUG